GUAUAUUUUUAUUUCGCCACUGCUAAAGGCAUUGGCGGAAAAGGGCCAUGAAGUCACAUCCAUAUCGACAUUUCCCCAAAAGAAACCGCUGAAGAAUUUCCGUGAUGUUGUUGUUAUGGAAAAUAGCUAAAUUUUCGAUGAGAUGGUAACCGAGUUGGCGGCCGGUGAGGGUGCAGAAAAAUCAUUUUUCGAAGAAUUUAUAGAGCUCAACACUCUUGGAGUCACGGUCAGCACCAAUGUCAUGGAAAAUGUGGAAGUGAAGAAACUAAUGAAAAACGAAAAAUUUGAUUUGAUCAUCAUCGAAGUUUUGGGUACCGAAUCGUUACUGGGUCUUGGUGAAUAUUUUCAAGCUCCAAUGAUUGGCGUCUCCACUUUUGGCACCAUUGGUUUUAUUGACUACUUAACAGCCAAUCCAUCACCAGCUUCUUAUAUACCCCACAUGAGUUUGGAAUACGACAGUCAUAUGUCGCUGUGGCAACGUACUGUCAAUGUCUUGGCCAAUGUGGUGGAUGAUUUGUGUACAAAUUUCCUUUUGAUGCCGGGCCAAGAGAAAGUCUAUAGGAAAUAUUUCCACAAUGCCAAAUUGUCGUUUGAUGAGGCCCGUCGCAAUGUCUCCCUGGUGUUGCUGAAUGACCACUUCUCGUUGCGAGCACCACGCCCUUAUGUCCCCAAUAUGAUUGAGGUUGGUGGUUUGCAUAUUAAACAAAAACCCGAUCCUUUGGAAGAAGAUUUACAAAAGUUCCUAGACAACUCACCGGAGGGGGUAAUAUACUUCUCCAUGGGCUCGAAUGUUAAGAGUAAAGACUUACCCCCACAAACGCUGAAGGACAUUUUGAGUACCUUUGCAGAAUUGAAAAUAAAAGUUUUGUGGAAAUUUGAAUUGGAAGAAUUGCCGAACAAACCGGCCAAUGUUGUCAUACGCAAAUGGUUUAAUCAACCCUCCAUAUUGGCCCAUCCCAAUGUGAAGCUCUUCAUUUCCCAUGGUGGAUAUUUAAGUACCACCGAAACAAUAUUUCAUGGAAAACCCAUUCUGGGUGUACCAGUAAUGGGAGAUCAAUUUAUGAAUGUUAAAAAUUCGGUAAAAGCUGGUUUUGCCUUGCGUCUGGAUCUAAGGUCUCUUACAAAGGAGAAAUUCAAGCAGAACAUCCAAGAGUUGUGGACGAAUCCCACGUAUUCGAAUGCUGUUAAGAAAUUGUCGAAACGUUUCAGAGAUCAACCUUUGACACCCAUGGAAACUGCAAUCUUUUGGGUGGAAUAUGUUCUGAGACAUGAUGGCGCUUCGCAUAUUCGCAAUGCCGGUCAAGAUUUGUCAUUUUGGCAAUAUCACAAUAUUGAUGUGUACGUAAUCUUAUCAAGUUUUGUUGUUGUUGUGUUUGUACUGAUGGCUGUUUUUAUUAGCUUCGUAAAGAAAAUUAUUUGUGGUAGUUCGAAGAAAUCUAAAAUAAAGAAAACUUAAAUAUAUGAU